UGGGGAUUUGACAUCCCCAACAGAUUGCCUGUCAAAAUUUGUCAUUAGUGAGUGCAUAAUUAUUAUUACUACAGGACAUUUAUGGAGAUUGUUGAAUCUUCAUCGAAUGCAUUAUAAGAUUUCAUUAGUGAAUGGUCUUUCAACAUCGCAAAUAUUUACAAUUAACUGGUUGCUGAGUCGUGAUCAAUGUCAUGUUUCUCGAGUCUCUUAUUACUACAAAUCGAAUUCUGUCGAUCAAGUUGAUGUGUUCUGUAUUUAUAUUCUCAUAAUUGUAUUUUAUUUGGGAAAAUACUGAAAAACUGGUCUGCUAAGUUCUAUGAACAAUAACUUGAGCAUGCUUAGAAUCUGUUUCUUUUUCCUUCUAAAUGCGAGAAGCUGCCUCAGGACCGAUCAGCAUCGGUGUCUAACAUUAGGAGAUGUGAUAUUCAAAUUUGUUAACAACUUUAAUUAUAUCAGAAGUCUCAUCAAACCUGGUGGAUUGGUGGAAUACAAUAUCUCAACACGGAUAUAAAAUGCUCACCUGACUUUUGACAACUUUCUCUACUUGUCGCAUUGGUGAGAAGUUCGUACACAAAUCAAGAGAGAACUUAUGGUAAAUGGUGGCGCAUUAGUCCAAGUAGUUUAAAACCAAUCAAUUUAACACCAGAUGAUAAUGAUAAUUAUACAAGUGAAGAUUAUGUUGAUUUAUACUUUGAUAUACCAGUAAUACCACUGUGUUUACAAAUUUAUGAAACUUAUAAUCCAGGUGCUAUUGUACGUAUUUCAGCUUGUUAUAGACAUCAACCAGAGAAUAGUCCAGUUAAUCUACGUAAACUUCAAUGGAUUACAUUAUGGAAAUUAAAUUAUUCUAAUCAUGAUAAAAAUCAAUUAUUUCAACUUCAACAUAUCGAUGAUAAUGAUGAUGACCACGACCAUUACCGUAUACGACGACAACAACAACGACAACUUCAGUUAACUUAUCAUUCUAAUAAUGUAUGCACUACUUUAGCUUGUCCAGAUAUUGUUAAUUGUAGAACACGAUCAAUAUCUAAUAUGUAUUCUGACAGAUACCUACCUGCAUUACCAUAUGAUGAUGAAAAUGCAUUUACAGUUCAAUAUUCAGAAUAUCUCCCUCAAUCACGUAUUUUUCAACCACAAUUGUCCAAUAUUCGACCAUAUCCAACAGACUUAAUACGAAUUGAAUUUGAUAGUACACGAUGUAGAUAUUAUACACAAAUUGAUGCUGUACGUUUAUCUGGUUGGGCUGAAUUAGCAGAUACUAUUAUAUCACGAUGGCCUGGACAAUUGGAAGCCUCAUCAUCAUCAUCAUUAUCAAUUGGUGUCAAUACAGAUAGUGUAGAACAAUCAAAUAAUCGUUCACAAAAUACUUUAUCAUUUUUUUCUGAUUUAUUAAGACCGUGUACACCACGAUUAAGAGCAUCAUCAUAUAAUCUAACCGAUGAGCCAAUGGAUCUAUCGUUCUCAGAUGCUAGCUUACUUGAAUCAUCACCAAAGCAAUUAGCUGAUGAAAAUAUUGAUGAAGAUAAAUCUUCUACAUCAUCAUCGGCAUUAUUACCAAUCUGUAUUCGUCGUAAAUCUUCUGGUUUAAUUCAGAUACCACCAGUUGGAAUGAAUUUAUUAUUAUUACAAAGUAGAAAUUUAGUUGCAUUACCACCAGGUACAAUUUGUCAAUCUUCAUUAUUUGGUCUGACCUAUUUAAAUGAAGAUGCAUUAUGGCGUCAUGGUCCAUUAACUCGUUUACCGUAUGAAGUUUUACUUCAUAUUUUCUCUUUUUUGGGCUUAAGAAGUUUACUUCGUUGCGCAUGUGUAUCUCGACAAUUCCGUUGUUUAGUUAAAGAUACCCUUGCCAAUAUGACUAGUAUUGAUCUUCAAUCAUUUUGGCCAAUAUUAAAUGAUUCAACAUUAAUAAGUUUAGGUAAACGUCUUGGUCAAGUUAAUUUAACUGAAAGAGCAGUUGCUGAAUAUUAUACAACAGGUCAAUCAUUAGUUGCACCAAUCACUUUAUUACGUCGUCAAUGUAGAGAAGAAGAAAGGAAUAAUGAUGAGAUUGAAAAUCAAUAUGUAGCUAAUCAACAGCACAGUUUAAACACACGUUACACUUACCGUGCACAUACACCAUUUGCUGCACGAGUACGUAGUUAUAGUUCGAAUGCUACUGCACGUUUACUUAAUCAUACCAGGUUAUUGGAUUCCAUUCCAUCCGAUGGUCCAGCAGCAGAAGCAUUACAAAUACAAACAGAUGAAUUAAAUAAAAGUGAUUAUUUUGAAUUGCCAAACUCUCAUUUGAGACGUUUGGAUAUGUCAUGGUGUGGAAACUAUUCUAUGAUAUCACCAACUGCAUUUGGUCAUUUUCUUACCGAUGCUUGUCGUUAUUUAACUACAUUACGUUUGUCGAGUUGUAAAUUUCUUAAUGAUGAUUGCUUGUUACAUAUUGUCAAUACUUGUCCAUAUAUAAAAGAACUUGAUUUAUCAUCAUGUCUUGGUAUUACAUCAUAUGGUUUUUUAACAUUGGGUCGAUUAAUUCAUUUACAAUGGAUAUCCCUUUAUCGUACACAUAUUACUGAUAAUGGUUUAGCCAUAUUAGCUGAAUUAUGUCAAUAUUUAAAACAUGUUAAUCUUGGUUCAUGUAUAGAUAUCAAUGAUAUUGAUCAUAUAUUACAUAAUCUAACAAGAAAUAAUCCAAAUUUACGUUCAUUAAACUUAUGGCGAUGCAAUAGUUUAACUGCCAUAGGGAUAUCGUCUAUAUCAGAACAUUGUUUACAAUUAGAAGAAUUAGACAUUGGUUGGUGUCGUAAUGUAGUUUCAACACAAGAAUCAAAUUGUAUUGUACAUUUAACUAGUCGUGUUCAACAUUUGAAGAAAUUAUUCUUAACCGGAACAAACCUCCUCAAUUCUGAAGAACUCUUAUUAAUUAGUCAAUAUGUAGGUGCUACAUUAGAACAAUUAGAUAUCCAUGGUUCAACAAAUAUUACAAUCUCUGCUAUUACUUCUAUACUUAAUCAAUGUUCAAAAUUAAAAUUAUUAGAUGUAUCAUUUUGUCCAGAAAUUCAUUCAGGUAAUUUAAUUAAACUACGGUAUUUAUAUCCAUUUUGUACAAUUAUCGACUCAAUACCGGAUAUGAAUGCAGAAAUAUUAGGGAAUCAACUGCCUGAAAUGAUUAUUGAUGAAGUAGAUGAUAUGGAUGAAGAGAAUAUCAUAAGAAAUCAUGAACCAUUAGCAUUACCUGCACCAAAUCCAUUACAAGCUAUUGAUGCUCAUAAUUAUUGGAUUCAUUAGUCUAUGUGUGUGUGUGUGUGUGUGUGUGUGUGUGUGUGUAAAGUAACACUUUGUUCCAGAUUCAUUUGAACACUGAUUUACUUUCCAAGUAAGCAGUUUCCUUUCUUUUCUUUUGUUUAUGUUUUUUUUUCUCGUUUCCCUGAUGUUUAUUAUUUUAAUUUGUAUAUUUUAUUUCGAAAUUCCGCUUUAUUUUGUUGUGCAUUUAAAAAAAGUCAAUGUGUUUUAAUUUGUUGUGAACGAAUAGAUUGGAGACAAUAUAUAAAUUGAUCUAUUGUGUUU